AGUUAAGAUGCAGUUCUUGUAGAUGGUCGCAGCGAGGUUUGCUGGGAAGUGAGUGACGUCAUCAGUUCUCCAGGACCGGGGGAUUGAGCAGCGUGGUGCCGGGCGGGUGCUGCAGUCAUGCCCAUGUAUAAAGUACAGCAGUACAACAGCGGGGACGUCAAGGUGGAUCUGCCCAGCUGCAUGUACACCCUGCCCAACCUGCACCAGGCUCCCUGCGGACACCAUGAGCAGGGGGUAUCUGAGCCAGCGCUUCAGGCUCUGGAGUCCAGACAAGAAGACAUCCUUAAGAGGUUGUAUGAACUGAAGGCGGCGGUUGACGGCCUCUCGAAAAUGAUCCAGACCCCCGAUGCAGAUCUCGAUGUGACGGACAUGAUUCAGGCAGAUGAGUGUGCAGCUUCAGCCUCCUGCAAAGCCGACCUGGACUCCAUACUUGGAAAGGACUACGGCGCGCUAAGAGAUAUUGUCAUCAAUGCCAAUCCCUCCGUGCCUCCACUUUCCUUGCUGAUCCUGCACGGUCUGCUGUGUGAGCGGUACCAGGUUCUGUCGGCAGUGCACACUCACUCGUCGGUCACAGCCAUCCCAGAGCCUCUGCUCAAGUGCUUCGGAGACCAGGUCAACAAGAAGUCGCGGCAGGACUAUCAGCUUGGCUUCACCCUCAUCUGGAAAGAUGUGCCCAAACCACAGAUGAAAUUCAGCAUACAAAACAUGUGUCCGAUCGAAGGAGAAGGCAACAUCGCCCGGUUUCUGUUCUCUUUGCUGGGUGACACAUUCAGCGCGGUUACCGCCACGCUGAUUGACAGCUGGGUCGAUACGGCCAUUUUUCAGAUGAGAGAAGGGAGCAGCAAGGAGAAAGCUGCCGUACUGAGGGCGAUGAACUCUGCGCUGGGCAAGACUCCCUGGCUUGUAGGAAAUGAACUGACCAUUGCAGAUAUUGUGAGCUGGUGCGCCAUUCAGCAGUCCGGAAAUAUCACUGCUGUCCCAGCAAACGUGCUGAAAUGGAUGAAAUCGUGUGAAAAUCUCCCCUCCUUUAAUACAGUGCUUAAAUUAUUAAAGUAAAACAAAAUGUGGGCUCUGAGGUUUGGCACUGCUAGGGUAGACCCCUAAAGGCAUAACAACCACUGAGGUGUACUUUCCGAUCUUCAGUAUCUAUCCAGCUUUCUUUCCUUUAAGAAGGAGUGGCUUUUUUUGUAUUGGUACACCAUGAAUAUAAUAAAAGUUUUACAACUCUCUG